CUUGACCCGUCACUCCUUCACCGGCCGGUAUCGAUGCCUGUUCAUUCCCUCCAAUCAGCCACCCGGCCGCGCAAACACAACAAAACAUUCACAGGAUGUUGGACCUGUCGAGCACGCAAGGUGAAAUGCGAUGAGCGACACCCGGCUUGCAAGCAAUGCAUCCAGAAAGGCGUGUCCUGUGAGGGCUAUGACGUCCGCCUUCACUGGAUGGUCCCCGAUACUGGCCUAGAGGGCCAUCGCCAAUCAUUAUCGAAUGAUCCUUCACUGUCACAUCCGAUCAGAUCUUUCAGAAGCCGAAUUAUCUCUGUGGAUGAGAUCUUAGUCGCCAUCGAUGCGCUCAAUCCGGGGCAUCUCAGUGGGCAGGGCACCGAGAAUACAUCCUCAAGCUUCAUUGGGGGUUUUGGCGUUUUUGACUCAACAAAAGCUGGAUAUCAUGAAUUGCACCAUGAACAGCCAGCUGUCGCUCGAGCUCCUGCUCCUGUGCAAGGCGUCGUUCGCUCUCACACACCAUCGCGCGAUGCCCAAAAUAUCAGCUUCGGCGGAAUAUCCGAAGCUUGUCAGCCGGGUACUGAAACCCUAGCUCCGUCGACCGAUCCUCCUUUCAUGGAACAGCUAUACGCAGUCGAUCGUCCUUUCAUUCACCCCUUUGAACAGACUCUCGACCUCACACCUGGCGACCAAAACUUGGACCUGGUACAAUUGAGUCAGAUUAGCAACUUCGCCUUUCAAAACAAUGAUGGAAAUAAGAGCCCCCGGCACAGUUUUGGCAGCAUGGAUCUUAGUCCCGUCAUUCCACGAUCGCUUUCUCCGGUAAUGCUCACCAGCAAUGAGCGGUUGUUGAUGCACUACUAUACAACGAGGGUGGUCCACAUAUUUCCCGUUCUGUAUAGCCCCAAGAGCCCUUGGAAGACUUUUCAUCUGCCCCGAGUGCUUCAAAGUGCUGGCGAAAUGGCAGUCCACGGCUCUACCUCACAAAUAAGAUCGGCCUUGAGGAACACAUUGCUGUCUAUCAGUGCUUUCUACUUAUCAAAGCACAUGAGGUCUCGUUCUCAGAUAGAAGAAGCCACUAAAUGGGAAAAGGAGGCUAUGCAUUAUCAUGGUACUGCCCUGAAUCUGUUGAAUGAGUCGGUUAACGCAAGGUUCGAAUCCCAAGAACGGCCAAAGUACAAGGAGUUCUUGGCGACUAUGCUAUCCAUGGUUUCCAUAAAUAUAAUGUCGGGAGAUACUUCAUGCUGCGGUCUUCACCUAGAGGGUGCUUCUAGGCUAAUUAUGGAGACCGCGAAAUGGAAAUCUCAUUACUCAAACAAAGCACAUGCUCUACAUCGGAUUUACUUCUUCCUGAAGACUAUCUACGACAGUACAGCAAUCCACACUCCUUCGGCUUCGACAUCCCCCCCACAGAGAUGGCACGCGGUGUCCCCGUCGUCUCCAUCCGAUGCAUCUGAGUUCAUUAAUACCACCGAAAUUGCAACAUCACCAUUUACUAGCUCCUAUGAUCUUAAGCAGGCGGGCACCUAUGAAAACAUAUAUGCCAUACCAAAAACUCUGCUGAUCUUUUUGGCUCAGACGACCAAGCUCAUCAAUGAGGUUUUCGACGCCCGGGAAAAGUCUGGAGAUACACAAAUUCCCGCUCCGCUGGCAGAUAGAUGUGAUGCUCUGGAAACGAGCAUCAUGGACUGGCAUGCGGACCCCACACCCGUGGAUGUCAUCUCUGGCCCUGUGGCAAAUCCUAAUAUCAUUCAUAACAUGACCCAGGCUUUCCACAAAGCCAUAAUAAUUUUCUUCGCGCAGAAUAUCAGAUUACUAGGAUGUCGCUAUCUGAAGCCCUUUGUCUCGGAGGUGAUGGACUGUAUCGAAGCUGUCGAACGUAUCAAGGCCGAGUGGCAGGUUUCAGCGUCUCCUCUAUAUUGGCCGGCCUUCAUUGCAGCAAGUGAAGCCUUUGAUCCUCUUCUUCAGAAACGAUUCAAAAUCUGGUAUGCACAAGUCGAACCGAAUGCAAUUGGAUCUAUGAGUACUGGUAUUCGCCUGCUUCAGGAGGUUUGGGCGGAGGGUCCUUCGACCGUUGUUCAUAAAACAAGCUUGUGGCGACAUCUUGCAAGAAAAACCGAUACGAAGCUCAUGUUGAACUAG